AUGGCAUCUGCGUCCUUAUCGCUCUACGAAGUGCUGGGAAUUCCGACGAGCGCGACCGGCGGCGAGAUAAAGGCAGCGUACCGCCGGCUAGCGAGAACGUGCCACCCGGACGUGGUGUCUGUCAGCCGGCGGGAGGUGUCGGCCGACGAGUUCAAGAGAAUCCACUCCGCAUACUCCACGCUGUCGGAUCCCGAUCAGAGAAAGAAUUACGACAGGGAUCUCUACCACCGCCACCGCCGCGAUCCUUUUGGUUUUGGGUCUUCGUCGAUUCACUGCAAUUCGGCGGCGGCGCCGUCCGGUUACUCUGCAGCUGUCUACGGCGGCCGGAGGAACUGGGAAACCGAUCAGUGCUGGUAG